AUGACCUCCGCUGCAGCUCCUAAUCAGUCUCUGUUUUUGGUGAUUGUCGGGAAGAAUGAACCACUUUAUGAAGCAGAGUUCUUGAAAAGAGGCGCUGCACCAAGCUCUGACGCCGUCACGAGACAGAACUACUUUGUACUGCACUCGGGGUUGGAUCUGGUGGAGAACGUUGCGUGGACGACCAAUCAAAUGUUCCUGAAAGUGGUUGACAAGGUCAAUCAUCAACAAGUGUCGACUUUCUUGACGGCUGGAAACAUUAAAUUUAUGUUGUUGCAUGGGGGCAAAAAUGAAGACAGCAUCAAAAACUUCUUCCAGGAAGUCUAUGAGCUUUACGUGAAGGUUUCCAUGAACCCUUUCUACCGGUACGAUACUCCAAUUACAUCCUCUUCAUUUGAUGCGCGGGUGAGAGCUGUUGCACGCAGGUAUCUCUUAUGA